AGCAAAUUUCUUAUUUAUGCCUGCUUGCUGCUCUUUUCUGUGUUGCUCUCUCUACGGCUGGAUGACAAAAUUCAGUGGAGUUACUGGGCCGUAUUUGCUCCAAUAUGGCUGUGGAAGUUAAUGGUGAUUGUUGGGGCCUCAGUGGGAACAGGAGUAUGGGCUCGAAACCCACAGUAUCGAGCAGAAGGAGAAACCUGUGUGGAGUUCAAAGCAAUGUUAAUUGCAGUUGGCAUCCAUCUGCUCCUGCUGAUGUUUGAGGUUCUGGUGUGUGACCGGAUCGAAAGAGGAACCCAUUUCUGGCUUCUGGUCUUCAUGCCAUUGUUCUUUGUAUCUCCAGUGUCAGUUGCAGCUUGCGUGUGGGGAUUCCGACAUGACAGGUCUCUGGAGCUGGAAAUCUUGUGUUCAGUCAAUAUUCUACAGUUCAUAUUCAUUGCACUGAGACUAGAUGAGAUCAUCAGAUGGCCAUGGCUUGUUGUUUGUGUUCCACUGUGGAUCUUGAUGUCCUUUCUAUGUCUAGUAGUGCUCUACUACAUUGUAUGGUCUGUUCUAUUCUUGCGCUCUAUGGAUGUGAUUGCUGAGCAAAGGAGGACACACAUAACCAUGGCUGUCAGCUGGAUGACAAUUGUAGUGCCCUUGCUCACAUUUGAGAUCUUACUAGUACACAGACUGGAUGGGCACAAUUCUUUUUCUUUUAUACCCAUAUUUGUACCCCUCUGGCUUUCGCUGAUAACUUUAAUGGCAACAACCUUCGGACAAAAAGGAGGAAAUCACUGGUGGUUUGGAAUUCGCAAAGACUUCUGCCAGUUCCUGCUUGAAAUUUUCCCAUUCUUACGAGAAUAUGGAAAUAUUUCUUAUGAUCUUCAUCAUGAAGAUAAUGAGGAAACAGAAGAAACACCACUGCCUGAACCACCAAAAAUUGCACCCAUGUUUCGAAAAAAGACUGGGGUGGUCAUCACACAGAGUCCUGGAAAAUAUGUCAUUCCACCUCCCAAGUUAAACAUCGACAUGCCAGAUUAGGAUGAUGGAAGCAUAGUGAACUUGAACUGGGAAUCAGCA